AUGACUGAAGGUAUGCCAAUAUGGAUUAGCGUAUCUCUAAUUGCCUCAUUGGAUAUCGAGUCAAAGGCCUUGUGGAAAUCGUUUAGGAUUUGUAUGCAUUGCUGUGCAACUUACCAACACAUUCAAAGUUCAACAUUUGCCCUGAGAGAACAAGUUUCGUUCGUCUCUGUAUGGUCGCAGAUUAAUCAAGUAUGCAAAUUGGCGCUCGUGUACUGUGGUUUUUUCCAAGCAUCAUGA